GCGGCCGGUCGUUGUCGAGUUCCACAGCUGCUGGCGGCGGCGUCGUCUACUUUUGCGUACCGGCGGCCGCGCGGCCCAGGGGUUUAGUGUGUGUCUCCAGGUCACUUGGAAUGCAUUCUACACAUACAGAUGAGGAGUCACAUUUUUCAGCAUAAAUUUCAUUUAUACUGUGACUUCACUUUACAAGACUUUUAUAUCAUUACCACUGAAAAUGUUUAAUGCCUAUAUUAAGCUAUUAAAAACAUGCUACAGUAAACAUCUUUAUAGUUUGUAGAGGAUGCCAAAUGAGAGAACCCCCCACCCAAGUCAAACUCAGGAGCAAGAAUGUUUACAGAGUCAGUGUGUCAAUAAUAAUGAUAUGGCAAUCAAGCAAGAACAUGAUGGCAAUGCGGAGGUGGAGGAAAGCCUCCCUGCUUGUUGGUCUGCCAUUGGACCAUCCACUUCUGCUGAGGGGUGUCUGUCGGAAGUUCCGAGGAGAGGGCCGGCCCUGCUGCAUAUUGACAGACAUCAGAUCCAGGCAGUGGAGCCGAGUGCGCAGGCCCUUGAACUGCAGGGGUUGGGUGUGGAUGUCUAUGACCAGGAUGUGCUGGAGCAAGGUGUGCUUCAGCAGGUGGACAGCGCCAUCCACGAGGCCAGCCGCGCGGCCCAGCUCCACGAUGCGGAGAAGGAGUAUCGAUCAGUCCUGGAUGACCUCACGUCAUGUACGACAUCCCUAAGGCAAAUCAAUAAAAUUAUUGAACAGCUUAGCCCUCAAGCCGCCACCAACAGAGACAUCAACAGGAAACUAGAUUCUGUAAAACGACAGAAGUAUAAUAAGGAACAACAGCUAAAGAAGAUCACAGCAAAACAAAAGCGGCUCCAGGCCAUCCUUGGAGGAGCAGAGGUAAAAGUUGAACUCGAUCAUGCCAGUGUGGCGGAGGAGGAUGCAGAACCAGGUCCAUCCUGUCUCGGCAGCAUGCUCAUGCCUGUCCAGGAGACUGCUUGGGAGGAGCUCAUCCGCACUGGCCAGAUGACACCUUUUGGUACCCAGAUCCCUCAGAAACAGGAGAAGAAGCCUAGAAAACUAAUGCUCAAUGAAGCAUCAGGCUUUGAAAAGUAUUUGGCAGAUCAAGCAAAACUGUCUUUUGAAAGGAAGAAGCGAGCUUUUAAUAAAAGAGCAGCUAGAAAAGCUCCAGCUUCUGUCACUUCGGAGCUGAGCCCAACACUCAAUGAAAACAAACCAAAUGAGGGAAGCAAAGUUCUCUCAAAAACAGAUAAGCGCUUGAAAAAGCACAUCAGGAAACUCCAGAAGAGGGCUCUUCAGUUCCAGGGGAAAGUGAGACUGCUAAAGGGAAGGAAACCCUUGGAGUCUGAUAUGAGGCCAAAGGCAGAGGGGGACUCUGAGAGUGAAGAGUCCGAGUACUUACCCACGGAGGAGGAGCGGGAGGAGGCGGUGGGGGCCGACUUGUCCGGAGAAGGCACUGACUGUGAAUUGAGGCCUGUGCUCAAGCGGCCAAAACGGCAGAAGAAGGUCACAGUGCCGGAGAUUGAUGAUGACUUUUUUCCAAGUUCUGGGGAUGAAGCUGAAGCCGCAGGAGGAGGAGGAGGUCGGAAAGUAGUGAGAUGCCGGGACGACGGAGAUGAAGAUUGUUAUAAGCAGCGAUUAAGGAGAUGGAAUAAACUGAGACUGCAGGACAAAGAGAAGUAUCUGAAGCUUGAAGACGAUUCUGAGGAAAGUGAUGCCGAAUUUGACGAAGGUUUUAAAAUGCCGGGUUUUCUGUUCAAAAAGCUUUUUAAGUACCAGCAGACAGGUGUUAGGUGGCUGUGGGAAUUGCACUGCCAGCAGGCAGGAGGAAUUCUGGGAGACGAAAUGGGAUUGGGCAAGACCAUCCAGAUAAUUGCCUUCUUGGCAGGUCUGAGCUACAGCAAGAUCAGGACUCGUGGUUCAAAUUACAGGUUUGAGGGGUUGGGUCCGACUAUAAUUGUCUGUCCAACAACAGUGAUGCAUCAGUGGGUGAAGGAAUUUCACACGUGGUGGCCUCCCUUCAGAGUGGCAGUUCUGCAUGAAACUGGCUCCUGUACCCACAGAAAGGAGAAGCUAAUUCGAGAUAUUGCUCAUUGUCAUGGAAUUUUGAUCACUUCUUACUCCUACAUUCGAUUGAUGCAAGAUGAUAUUAGCAGGCAUGACUGGCACUACGUGAUCUUGGAUGAAGGACACAAAAUUCGAAACCCAAAUGCUGCUGUCACCCUUGCUUGCAAACAGUUCCGCACCCCUCAUCGCAUCAUCUUGUCUGGCUCACCAAUGCAAAAUAACCUCCGAGAGCUGUGGUCGCUCUUUGAUUUCAUCUUCCCGGGAAAGUUGGGCACAUUGCCCGUGUUUAUGGAGCAGUUCUCAGUCCCCAUCACCAUGGGGGGAUACUCAAACGCCUCCCCCGUACAGGUUAAAACUGCUUAUAAGUGUGCGUGCGUCUUACGAGAUACCAUAAAUCCAUACCUACUGCGGAGAAUGAAGUCAGAUGUCAAAAUGAGCCUUUCUUUGCCGGAUAAAAAUGAACAGGUCUUAUUUUGCCGUCUUACGGAUGAGCAACAUAAAGUCUACCAAAAUUUCAUUGAUUCCAAAGAAGUUUAUGGAAUUCUCAAUGGAGAGAUGCAGAUUUUCUCUGGACUUACAGCCCUGAGAAAAAUCUGCAACCACCCUGAUCUCUUUUCUGGAGGCCCCAAGAAUUUCAAAGGUAUUCCAGAUGAUGAACUAGAAGAAGAUCAGUUUGGAUACUGGAAACGUUCUGGGAAAAUGAUAGUCGUUGAGUCCUUGUUGAAAAUAUGGCAAAAGCAGGGUCAACGAGUAUUGCUAUUUUCUCAGUCAAGACAGAUGCUGGACAUACUUGAAGUAUUCCUUAGAGCCCAAAAGUAUUCCUAUCUCAAGAUGGAUGGUACCACUACAAUAGCUUCAAGACAACCACUGAUUACAAGAUACAAUGAGGAUACAUCCAUAUUUGUGUUUCUUCUGACCACUCGAGUAGGCGGCAUAGGAGUCAACCUGACCGGGGCAAACAGAGUCAUCAUCUAUGACCCCGACUGGAACCCAAGCACAGACACGCAGGCCCGGGAGCGAGCGUGGAGGAUAGGCCAGAAGAAACAGGUGACGGUGUACAGGCUUCUGACUGCGGGCACCAUUGAAGAGAAGAUUUACCACCGACAAAUCUUCAAGCAGUUUUUGACAAAUAGAGUGCUAAAAGAUCCAAAGCAAAGGCGGUUUUUCAAGUCCAAUGAUCUUUAUGAGCUGUUUACUCUGACUAGUCCCGACGCAUCCCAGAGCACUGAAACCAGUGCUAUUUUUGCAGGAACUGGUUCAGAUGUUCAGACACCCAAACGCCAUUUAAAAAGAAAACUUCAACCGGCCUUUGGAACAGACCAUAACAUUCCAAUAAGCAGCAAGUUUCCUGACUCUAAUGCAUCUGCAAAUGAUGCCCCAUCAUCUGAAGAGAAAUCCACAGCUCUAGGGGCUGAAGUAAAGGCAGUAAUUUCUAAUCAAGGGGAUCCUUUGAAAGAGGUCCCUGAAACACCUGGUAAUCUAACCAGCAGUGACAGACUUGGAGAAGAGACAAGUGCAGUGUCUGGACUAGAGGAGUUGUCAGUGAUUAGUGGAAAUGGGGAGUGUUCAGAUUCUCCAAGAAUCAGCAAAAUGUCCAGGACAUCUGGUGAGGAAAGCGUCGAUGAAAAGCAAGGUCUUUCUGUCAAAAAAGAAAGCUGCCAGGUUCAAACAGAACCUCUUUGGGAGAGGGAACAAAUGGAAAAUAAUUUUUAUAAGCACAAGUCAAAAACAAAACACAAUGUGGCAGAAGAAGAGACCCUGGAGAAACACCUGAGGCCGAAGAAAAAGCUGAAGAACUCUACGCAUCGCAGAGACGCCAAGUUUGAAGGCACGCGGAUUCCACACCUAGUGAAGAGAAGGCAGUACCAGAAGCAAGACGAGGAUGAGCGUGAGCCCAAGGAACGGAGCCAUGACGAUUAUGUUCUGGAAAAGCUUUUCAAGAAAUCAGUCGGAGUGCACAGUGUCAUGAAACACGAUGCCAUCAUGGACGGAGCCAGUCCCGAUUAUGUGCUGGUGGAGGCGGAGGCCAACCGCGUGGCCCAGGAUGCCCUGAAGGCGCUGAGACACUCUCGCCAGCAGUGUCUGGGAGCAACGUCUGGUGUUCCCACCUGGACCGGCCAGAGGGGGAGUUCUGGUGCACCAACCAGAAUAAAGAGCAGAUUUGGUCAGAAAAGGAAUUCCAGCUUCUCUGUGCAGCAUCCUUCUUCAACAUCUGCAAAGGAGAAAGGCCAGGAUGGCAUCAUGAAAAAGGAUGGAAAAGAUACUGUUUCUGAGCAUUUUAGUGGAAGAGUGGAAGAUGCAGAGUCUUCAUCCGGGGCCCUCAGUUCGUCCUCACUGUUGGCUAAAAUGAGAGCUAGAAACCACCUGAUUUUGCCAGAGCGAUUAGAAAGUGAAAACAUGCACCUCCAAGAGGCUUCUGCUCCACCGCCCCCCACCACAGAGCACGAUGACCUGCUGGUAGAGAUGAGAAACUUCAUUGCCUUUCAGGCCCGUGUGGAUGGCCAGGCCAGCACUCGGGAGAUACUGCAGGAGUUCGAGUCCAAGUUAUCCACGUCACAGUCUUGUGUCUUUCGAGAACUGUUGAGAAAUCUGUGCACUUUUCAUAGAACUGCUAGUGGUGAAGGAGUUUGGAAACUCAAGCCAGAAUACUGCUGAUCAUCAUUACUUUCUAAACUUAUAAUUGACUUUUUCUAAUGGGAAUUUCUGAUUAUUAAUCCUAUGAUUAAUAAUCAUAUAUUUGUCGACGGAAGUUGGCUGCAUUUGAUGUUUACUUUGAAUGCUAUCUACCUCAUAAUUCAAACUUUAAGGAAGAAGAAAUUCUUCUCAGACACCUAAAAGUUUUAAAAAUAGUUGCAUUGAUAUAUUUUUUUUUUGGCACUAUGAAUUGUGUUACAAAAUCAGGGACCUAAUGGUUAAUUCUUGGAACACAUAUGUUUCUUUACCCAAAAGAUGCUGUCAGGGAGCAUAUUACUGCUCAUUUAGAAGUUUAUAGACCAGAAAUCUGAAGAAUUCUUUCUCCUGGUGCUAAAAACAUGUCUUAUAUUCGAUCAGACCCGUUCAAUAAAUUAGUUCAUCAAUACCUGAUAAUAGCAUCAUUUUUGGUGCGUAGCUUUUAAAUGUUAUCAUUUGUCACCCCAAAAAAGAUCAGAUUUGUUAUCUUUUGAAUCAUAUUAAUUGCCUUUAAACGAUCUUCCUUUUAAGGUACUGUUAGAUUGGCGGGUAGUUUUAUUAGUAAAGCAUGAAAUAGCUUGGUAAUAAAUGAUAGGACAUGUAUUUGCAGAAAGUUGUAGUGUCCUCAGUUCCCACUGGCUUUACAUUAAGCAAAGGGCGUCUUUUCCUCCCUACAGUGACUGUUGGUUUUAGGAAAAUGCAAUGUAUUAUCUUAAAAAAAAAACUCAAGCAGAACUAAAAGUAAGUACAAAUAAAACAACCAGCACACACACAUGCACGCAAACAUCACUCCAGACCACAGCCGGAUGUCCCGUCGUUACCACCACUGCAGCCCUCUCUCUCUCUGCUUACGUGCUGGGAGGUAGCGUUGAACGUUUUUUAUUUUAUUCAUUAUUUGCUUUUCCAAGGACACUGAGUACUUGAUAUUAGGCAGCAUUGUUCUCGUCACAUCUGCUGUCCGGUCGUUUUCGUCUCCUUUUCCUUUGAUUCCCUGUGAGUCUCCUGUUGAAGAGGCUUGGUUUUCAGGUGCAUCUCUUCUGUUUCUGGCUGUUGUUGAUGGAUUUAUAGUUCUGUGAUAGUGUUGUUUUGUUCCUCGGUUUGUUUUUCUUGUUUCCUUCUCAUUGUUAUUCUAUCAUCUCAGCUCUGAAGUCUUGUUUUCUUAAAUUCAUUAUAUUCCUUCCAUUUCUUUUUGAGCUGUCACAGUGCAAUUUGUUUGUUUCCUGGGUUUCUUUUCUCUGGCUUGCUGUUUUUCCUCUCUUUGGCUUUUCUGUUUUAUGCUGGCUUCCUCCCGUGCCAUUUCCUUACAUCUUGCUCCUGCUGAAAGUGAGUGGCUGUGUCCAGACCUUCUGUAUGUGCUUCCCUGCAACCCGGAGGUAAGGGGUGUGGGCUUGGGGUUGGGAAGAGCCUGUGCCGGGCAGCGUGCAGCUUUGGUUGGAGGACUGGGUUUUACUUUUCUGUUCUGAGAUUUUAAGUAGCUUGGGCCAAGAAUCCCUCCCCUUAGACCGGGAAUGUCAGAGUCAGAGUCAUGAUUCCCACCAGGAUUUUCUUUUGCUUUUUUUGGAUUGUGGCUUGUUCAUUUUUUUCUGUGUUAAGAGUGAUUCAUUAUAUUUAGAGGAGGAAAUUCUAUUAUUUUCUUCAUUCUGCCAUCAUUAUCUAGAAGUCGUAGAAGGGAUUUUAAACGGGUCAAUAAAUCCUAAACUUGAGCACUUGGCUCAGAAGAGAGUCAAAACUCAUGACUAUUUUGUUUCUGGAAAGUUCUUUUUUUAUUUUUACUUUUGCAACCAUUAGCCAUUAGAAGAUUGCAUCCCACUUGUUCUUGGAUUGAAGUACUGAGGCAUUUCACGAGCAUGAAGUGUUUGGACAUCAUCGUCUAUACUGGCUGCAAUCUAAACUGUGCUGAGCUGGAGAAGUUGUAGCCUUCUCAUCAAGUAGAAGAUGCCAUCACAAGUUAUGGUGCAGUAGAAGCAAGGUGGCCCUCACUCCAGUUCUUGUCACAGCUGUGCCACUGGCAUGCUGUGUCCUUGGGUAGGUCACUGCCCUAUAGAUGUUGUCAUCAUGCCUCCGGGUGGAGAGACUUAGAGGAAGAUGCUCUAAGUGGAAUGGUUUAAACAAUACAGAGUAACUUACUCAUUUAGAUAAAAUCUAAUUUUUGGAACUUUAAAAGCUUUGUACAAUGUAGAUAGAUUUAAUGUAUUUAAUUUAACAUGUUGUAUCAGUAUCAAGCUACAAAUAAAGGAUUUUAAAAUUUCACAAAAUUUUAAAAAUUCCUUAGGUAAUACAUGAAUAUAUUGUCACUCUUUACAAGUUUUCAGGCAAUACUCUCCCUCCCCACCCUCUUGCUCCUGUCCCAGAGAUAAGUACUGUAUUUGGUGUGGAUUCUUCCCGCUGUUUUCCGUGCAUUUACAAGUGCAUGCGGCAGAGACUGCUGCUGUAACGUCUGUUUCCCUCCUGAGUUCUACCUGGACAGGGGCUGCUCAGCUGAAGACUCUCCUUCCCAGCCCCCCUUAUAGUUAGUUGUGGCCGCAUGACCAGUCAAUGGGAUGCGAUUUAACUUCCAGAUUAGCCCUUAAAUAAGAAAUCGGGUGCACACUCCUCGUAACUUCCUCUUGCUUGCUUGCUGAGAUGCCUGUGGGUGCUUAAGCAGUGACGUGAGAUGGACAGAAGUCACGUGUUGAGGAUGGAGAAGUUGGCCUGCCGGUCUUGAACUGCUUGCUGUUCACCUGUUUCUUAAGAGCAAAAUAAAUUCUGACUUGUUUUAAACCACUGUCGUUUGGAGUCUCUUUUAUUACAGCAGCUAGUUUUGUUUUAUAUAUGUGAU